AUGCAAGACUAUCUAUCAAGAGGACAUAUGGAAGUUGUAGAGGACGAAAAAGACACAGGUGUUUACUAUUUACCACACCAUGCAAUUGUAAAGUUAAGUAGCACAACAGCCAAGACUCGUGUAGUGUUUGACGGUUCUGCAACGUCUUCUUCUGGUGUAUCACUUAACGAUAUCACGAUGCGUGGCCCUACUGUUCAAAGUGAUCUGUACUCAAUUAUACUUUGCUAUCGUCUUCAUUCAGUCGUUCUCACGGCGGACGUAGAAAAAAUGUAUCGACAAGUACGUAUGGAUCCUGCUGAUUGUGAUUUCCAGCGUAUAGUAUAUCGUUCUCGUUCAAAUCUCCCUCUCACACACUAUCGAUUGUUAACUGUAACUUACGGAACAAAGUCAGCUCCAUUUCUGGCUACUCGUUGCCUCACAGAGCUAGCUAAUCAAGUUCUUCAGGAGCCUGAAGUGAAACGUGCAAUCAAAAAAGACUCCUAUGUUGAUGAUUUUAUUAGUGGCGCUACUAGUGUUAAAAAAUGUAUUCAGCUCUACCAAAAUGCGUCAAAGAUGUUGCUGGGUGCAGGAAUACCUCUCCGAAAAUGGUGUUCAAAGUCUCAAGAAGUUCUCAAUAACAUUUCUGCGUCCAAUACUGAUCCAACUUAUCUACUGAGUUUAAAUGAUGAAGAUACUGUAAGUGCUUUGGGUCUAUUAUGGCAGCCUGCAUUGGAUCAAUUUAAAUUUUCAUCGAAAGAAUGGGUUCCUGUUAAACACAUGACAAAACGCACUCUUUUGUCUUAUAUGAAUAGAGUGUAUGAUCCACUUGGGUUCUUAACACCUAUUCUAAUUAAAGACAAAAUUUUUAUGCAACAGUUGUGGUCACUUAAGUUGGAUUGGGAAACACAUCUUACAGCCGACCUUCAGUCAAGAUGGGAAUUAUUCUAUCGAUCUUUUGAGCAAGUUGCUUUAUUCAAUAUCCCAUGA